AUGGCAGAGUACGAAGAGCACUGCAAGGUGUUCGAGGCCAUCGACGAAGGGAGGACAGGCUACCUGGAUGGCAGGCAGGCGAAGCAGCUCCUGAUGCAGUCAGGGCUCUCCACUUCGACCCUCAGGCUUGUGUGGGACCUGGCGGACGAGUCCAAGGACGGGAAGCUCGACGCGCAUGAGUUCGCCAUAGCGCAGCAUCUGAUGGGGAUGGCGAGGAGGGAGAAGCCGCUUCCCUCCUCC